AUGGCUAGUGUUCCAAGUCGCCAGGCGCCUAUUGUUAUGGUCAUAGACUUUCAUCAUGCAAGGGGCCCCGAAAUCGAACUGUGCUUUGGAGAAGAUGGAACCGAUCCCGCGGCGGAGAAUGAUUGGAGUUUGUUACCAUUCAUGGCGUUAUCAGACGGGGCGCAUAUGUCGACCGAGGAGUUUUCUUAUUUUACACUCCGCCGAAAAGAGACCGCCACGGAACCUGCAACUUCCCUUUUCGGCAUAUCUUGUGCCAGACAAAUCGAUUCGAAUUUGCUCCUAUACCGACCGUCCGAUGUGACGAGAUCCACAGUACAGAAGGCAGUUGUUGUCAUCACUGAUAGCCCUCAGAGCCUGGGGCAGCUGAGAGAGAAACUGUCCAUAGUGGCAUCUGCUUGGUUUGCACAGCGGGACUUCUCCGAUAUCGAUAUUCUGAAGAAAUUUCGAGAAAGCCUAGUCAUCAAUUUGAACAAGGAUGAGAGUUUCAAGGACCAAAACCUUGGACUGUCUCUGCGGGAAAUGAUCCAUGAGUUUAAGUAUCAAACUCUGGUCUUGUUUAAAGCUUUACUCCUGCAGCCCAAGAUGCUUUUCUUUGGCUCAAGAUGCGAGCGUCUAUGCAUGAUACAAUUCUCCCUCGUUUCGUUGAUACCUGGCCUCAUAAACUACCUUCAAGACUGUGCAGAUCCAGCAUUCGAGAGCUAUACGAAGACUGUUGAGAAGCCUACCACUCUGAAGACAAGUGACAGAAGUUCCCUGCUGGCGUAUAUGGGAUUACCGCUACAAAUCUUUGGCAAGGGGAGCAUGUUUGGACCUUACACGCCUCUGCAGCAGCUGGAUCUGCUGGCGGACCAUGGCACGAAGUCAUAUGUAGUUGGCUCUACGAAUUCGUUACUUUUACAACAGAAAGAUCGUUAUAGUGACAUCUUAAUCAACCUUGACGAGGACACUAUUAAUAUCACGUCACCCUCUCUACGAAAUGCACUGGCACUAUCUGUUGCAGACAGACGCUGGAUCGAUCUUCUUACCCAGAUUAUCAACGAUACGUGGGAUGAGGCGCACCCGGAACAACCCAAGACCCAUGGGUAUAUGGGCUCCGAAGAAUUCAUCAGGUUACAGUUUGAAGAGUAUCUGCUCGCAUUGCUUUCAUGCAUGAAAUACCAUGAGGAGCUGGAUUCCUUCAAUGCGGGUGACCCAGGCCGGAGGAGCAGGGAGCAAUUGGAAGCAUUCAACAUAGAAGGCGACCCUGCGCUGGAAUUCAACGCCGAAUUUCUGGCACAGUGGCAAAACACCUCUAAUUAUGAGCUUUUCAAACGCCUGACCUCUGAUGCACUGUUGUACUCCAUCGUUGAGCCUCGUCACCCUUGUGCCGGAGGCCUCACCAUGGACGAUGUUCAACGUCGGCUAUCGCAACAAGUCGCGGAGCUUCAUCUGGAUGAACGGGUACGGGAAAGCCGCGAGGCACUCAAUAGGCAUAUCAGCACUGGCCAAAAGAAAGUAACCACCGCAUUCAACAACUUCUGGGCCGACAUCGAAGCGAUGCGGGAGGCACAGCGGAAAAGAAACGAAGAGAAAGCUCAGUCAGAACGGUCCUCAAUUGAUAAGGGUCCCUCCCCUCCAUUUUCGCCAUCUGAUACAGCAUCUGUACAUUCCACUAGUGGUUCCUCUUGGUUCGGUGGUCGCAAGGCUCCUUCCGUGGACAUUGCUCAAGCACAGGCAUCCGUGAGUGCCGCUGGCCAGAGGGCAGGGGCGUAUUUGAACUCAUGGAGUACCUGGGCAAGCGAAAAGCGAAAGGAAUGGCAGGACAAAAGUAAAACCCCAUCCUCUCCGUCUUCAGUAACCUCACCAUCGGCCCCGACAUUGGCGGGUACAGCAGACCAAAGUGACCCGCCAGAAAGAGGUAGACGAUCCAUGCAGGCAAGCCGCAGCGAAGACCCCAUUACUUUAUCGCGUAGCGGAAGCAGAAGGAAGAGAUGGAGCAAUAUUUUCCUGAGACGGGAUAGUGGCGAGUAUGGCUCACCCAACAGGAAGGAUGAUGGUGACGGUAGCGAAUAUGACACUGCCAAUUCACGCUCGCACCUAUCAAACGAGGUCCCUGUUCAUGACGACUCGUCGCACCUAACCGAGCAGCCAUCUAAAGAGGCGGCGGCCUUUGCAGAAGCUCAGGUCAGCAGUAUAAGCGAAACCCAGACGCCCAGUGAGACAAAGAAUACUACCACUACCGAGGCGUCAACUGAGCAGCCCAAGCCUUCCGUUAACCCCCAGACCACCAUCGAUAAAAAGGAUACCAUAACAGAAGAGCCAGCAUCCACAGAGUGCAAAACUCAAACUGAAGCACCCACCACUACAGGACAAGCUCCACAAAGCCAAUAA